UGAUCCCUCCAUCCCGGGUUGUAAGUACGAUCCUCACGGCAACACCUACAAUCCAGGAUGGAGAGAUCAUCCAAAUCUAAGGUACGGAAACCCUCAACCCCCUCAACAAACAAACUCUCCCCCUCCUCAACAAUUUAAACAACAAGGCCAAACAUCGAACUCAAGCAUGUCCACCGAAGACAUGAUUCGAGCAUUAGCCAUGAAUAUGACUACGAUGCAACAAAGUGUGACCCAAUUUCAAGAAACCACAAAGUCUAGCAUCCACAAUUUGGAAAGCCAAAUGAGCCAAAUCUCAAACGCCGUGAGUAGGUUAGAAGCUAGGGAUUCGGCAAAACUCCCAUCUCAAAUGGAGCCGAACCCGAGGCAACAAGCUCAUGCGGUCACUUUGAGAAGUGGCAAAGAGUUGGUUAUGGCUAAGGCGAAAGCAAAGAGCCAUGUGGGAGAAGAGGAGGAGGAGAUCUUGAUGCCAAGCACAAACCCUCAAAAUGAAGAAGAAAAGGAGGAGGAAAUCACACCUCAAAGAAAG